UUGGUAUGUUUGUCGUUGAAGAAACCCAAGUCAACGUAUACUGGACUGUCGUUUCUUGUGUCGUAGAAACUAUUUGGGCUACAGGAGAACCUAGUUUCAAGUAAACAACGGUUAUUCGUUGUAUAAAACUUGUAAAGGAGGUAAGUCAAUUUCAGUACUAUUCAAUCCGUAUCCAACUCGCAAUCCGUCUUCCUCACCACAUCCACUCGUCCCCCAUCAGACAUUUCAAACCACACUACCAUACGAUACCACACUAUCAAGCCCAUCACUCCAGAAUCCCGUCCUCCUAACCAAAAAAGAUUUUUGAGCUGAAUUUCGAAAAUGGCAGAAGCAGACUACAAUCGCAAGAGGUCGCGCUCUCCUUCUGACUCUGACGAGAAGAAGCAUCAUAAGCGUGCUAACACAGGCGCUACGGCUCACGCGGAUGACUCACGAGUUGACAAACACCAGGGUUCUGGUUCAACAACCGCUACGUCUAUGACUCGCGAUGUGAACAUGACGGAAACUUCCGCAUCCGUAGCAGAUACUACUGCGUCUACUCCUUCUCCCAAGGAAACUCCAUCCAGCAGUCGACGCGACGAGUCUCGCACUCGCUCUGAAGAGGCCGGAAAAUCAACUUCCAUGUCUGCUCCACCUUCCUCGUCCUCGGCUCCCGCCCCUCCCUCAGCCAUGAUUCAUAUGCGUUGUUUGAUCGUUACACAGGACGCGUCAAUCAUCAUUGGAAAGGGUGGUUCGCAUGUCAAUGAGAUCAGAGACAAGAGUGGGGCUCGUGUUAUGGUCUCUGAGAGUAUUCCCGGUAACCCUGAGAGAAUUCUCAAUGUCAGCGGGCCGCUUGAUGCUGUAUCCAAGGCUUUUGGUCUUAUUGUACGACGGAUCAAUGACGAACCUUUCGAUGUACCUUCAGUUCCUGGAAGUCGUGCAGUAACUAUCAAGUUCAUGAUUCCAAACUCGCGCAUGGGUUCUGUGAUAGGGAAACAAGGUUCAAAAAUCAAGGAAAUUCAAGAUGCCAGCGGAGCACGACUGAACGCAAGUGAGGGUAUGCUCCCCGGUUCGACUGAGCGAGUCCUAAGCGUUGCAGGUGUUGCAGAUGCUAUCCAUAUAGCAACCUACUACAUCGGCAAUAUCCUCAUCGAAGCGCAAGAACGCAUGCCUUCUGCGUCCUCUAGUCAUUCUAGUUACCGCCCUUCCAGCUAUUCUCGACGACCCCCGUAUACUGGCUCAUCAUAUGUGCCAGGGUAUGCGAGCGCGUCGCAGCCUUACGGUGCCCCACCGCCCCCUAAUCCACCACAGCAGCUGCAAACACAACAAAUAUACAUCCCCAAUGAUUUGGUGGGCUGUAUUAUUGGGAAGGGGGGUAGUAAAAUCAAUGAAAUCCGCCAUAUGAGCGCUAGUCAGAUCAAAAUCAUGGAACCAGGUGCCGGGCUUAACGGCGCUCCAGCACCUCCAGGUAACGAAAACGAGCGUUUGGUUGUCAUAACUGGACAGCCUGCGAACAUUCAGAUGGCAGUACAACUGCUGUAUCACCGGUUGGAACAAGAGAAGCAAAAGCAGCUACGAACAUCCACUUCAUCUUCUUCUUGAGCUCGCACUGCGGCCCUUGGACUCAUGCGCUGUUACUUUGUUUUCAUUUGUCGACAAAUCUUCAAGCAUGCUUGCUGUGCUUUCUUUUCCUUUUUGAUGUUAUGGCUGUGAAAAGAUCAACGCUUUCACAAUGCAGAUAUGUACAUUAGUUGCCUUGCCUGUCUUUGGUCCUUGGUCAAGCAAUUUUUUCUGCUUGCCGCUGGUGUUGGUAUGACCUAACAAGUAUUUACAUUUUUUAAUGUGUUUUUUUUUGCCCUGUUGUCCCGCUUUCUGGUAUUUAUGGUGCGAUAGUUACGUAAACCA